CUGUUCCCAUUGGAAACGGUGAUAUCCUGGGUUACGACAAUGGUGUUGGCGAAUGGAAAGCUGCAUGCGCCACUACGCAUGAGUUUACACCACUUCCUCGUUUACAAAACCGUACGGCUCCAACUAAAUUACACAUUUCGAUUGUUAAGGAGUGGGUGCAGUGGAAACCACACAUGUUUACCUAUCAGACAGUUGAACAUCUCUCGUAAUAGAAUGGACAGUGAGAAGAACAUUGAAAAUAGGUCCAUUCACUCGGACAACGUCGAGGAAGUUCAUAACGUGCCAAUGGAAGUUAUCAUACGACCAAUCCCUCCUCUACUAGAUGAGUCCAAAGUUCAGAGCCUUAUGGGUACAAUCCAGGAAUCUACAGACAUCAGCAUUGUUCCUCCUAUUGAUAUACUCUGGAUCAAGGGCAGGGAAGGAGGGAAUUACUACUACUCCUUUGGAGGCUGUCACCGGUUUGAGGCAUACAAACGGUUGAAAAUGAACACCAUUCCAGCAAAGAUCUUCAAAUCAAAUGUUGCAGACCUACGCACUUACUUGGGCUCUUCAACCCCAGACCUACAUUGAAGUUGGGGCGGUAGGGUAGCCUAGCGGUUAGAGUGUUGUACUAGUAACAAAAAGGUUGCAAGUUCAAAUCCCUGAGCUGACAAGGUACAAAUCUGUCGUUCUGCCCCUGAACAAGGCAGUUGAAAAUAAGAAUUUGUUCCUAGUGAAAUAAAGGUAAAAAAAAAUGUUUAAUUAACUGAGGACUGUUUUUGAGUCAUAGUCAGUAUGGGGACUGUAGAUGUGGGUAUACUCUACACGGAGUGUACAAAACAUUAGGAACACCUGCUCUUUCCAUGAGACAGACUGACCAGGUGAAAGCUAUGAUCCCUUAUUGAUGUCACUUGUUAAAUCCACUUCAAUCAGUGCAGAUGAAGAGGAGGAGACAGAUUAAAGAAGUAUUUUUAAGCCUUGAGACAAUUGAGACAUGGGUUGUGUAUGUGUGCCAUUUAGAGCGUGAAUGGGCAAAACAAAAUAUUUAAGUGGUAGUAGAUGCCUGGUGCACCAACUUGAGUGUGUCAAGAACUGCAACGCUGCUGUUUUUUUUUUACGCUCAACAGUUUCCAGUGUGUAUCAAGAAUGGUCCACCACCCAAAGGACAUCCAGCUAACUUGACACAACUGUGAGAAGCAUUGGCAUUAAUAUGGGCCAACAUCCCUGUGGAAUGCUUUUGACACCUUGUAGAGUCCAUGCCCUGACGAAUUAAGGCUGUUCUGAGUAGAAAAGGGGAGUCAAUAUUAGGGAUGUGUUCCUAAUGUUUUGUACACUCAGUGUAUUGGGAUCAGGGGUUUCAGUCAUAAUUGUUUGUAAGUACUGGCCAGCAGGUGGAGAUGUGACUGUUUUAUAUCAUGCCAUUAAAUUAAUUUCCCUCAUGUAUCACUUUAGACGCCGAAAGCUGGAACAUUAUAUUUCCACACACAAAUAGCCCCAAUUAUACAUCAUGUAUAGAAUUAAAAAAAAGAUUCAUGAAGAGAUUAACUUAAUUUGAAGUUGUAAACUUGCUUGUAUUCUAUUCUGGCUGGUGUUUCUAUCUGCAAUGUAAAUGUUAAGUUAAAUGAUUAUGAUGCAAUUAAAGACAGUGUAAAGUCAACAA